ACUUACAGGUUUGCGACAUUCGGGAGCCAAAAUGUUCGGGAACUAAGCUGUUCGAAAACCAAGGUACGAUUGUACGUAUUUUAUGACUGGGGUGUAUGCAGUUUUAGGGGAGGAGUCAUUACCAAUUUCCUCGUUCCCAGCCACUCGCACGUCUGGGGUGAAAGACUCAGCGGAGCUGCUGUUCCAUUCCAGAGACAGAGCACGGACUAGCGGCCACCUGAGCAGAGCAGCCAGCAAUGUAAAGCCAACGCCUAGGCAAAAGAAGACCAAAGUUCACCGAAAGAGAAAGAGGAAGGGAGGGAGGCAGCAGGAGGCGGGGAGAAGAGUUAGAGGUGCAGCUGAGGAGAGGAAGAGCAGAGCACCCAGCAGCUAAUCACAGACUGCCAGCUUCGGGGAGCAAAGGGGAGGAAAAGGAGAGGAGGCCGUCCGCCAUGAGCAACUAUGAGAGGCUGAAAGAGGAUUCCACCACCACCACUCAGGAUCCACCUCCUUACGCUGACAAAGACUCCCAUGAAGACCCUGAGCCAACAAAACCUCUUAUUGGACCAGAACCCCGCCACAUGGGCUGGCCCUCUAACGCUGUGCCAUCCCAGUACCAACACUAUGGUGCAGCUGGUGCAGGAUCCUACCAGGUUCCGAUCCUUCAACCUCCGCAGGCCACCGUCAUCAUUCGUGGUCCACCUGCCAAUGAACCUGAUUACCUGGCCUACUCUAUCUGUACCAUGCUUUGCUGCUGCCUCCCCCUGGGCAUUGCUGCCUUAAUUUACUCUAUGCAGACCCGAGAAGCCAACCUUAAUGGAGAUGUCAUAGCUGCCAAGAGAAACUCCAAGAUGGCGCGCAUUUUGGCCAACACAGCCCUCGGGGUGGGAUGCGUCUUAAUUGUUGUGUAUAUCAUAAUAAUGGCAAUUGUGUAUACAAAUGCAAAAAAUCAGCAUCCGCAUAACUAAGGAUUUGCCACACAGCCUCCACCCCCUGAAAAACCUCCCCACCACUGCAAUAAUCAGAGAAGGCCUGGUUGGAUGCUGUGCAUUUUGAUUCAUUCCAUAACUAAAGGGCUGGUAUACACAUGGAUGCACAUCACAUGAUUUCUAUUGAAUUUACGCAAUGACGAGCAAUGGGGUGCAUGAACUUUCAGAGCACUUGAUGUUGUCACUUUAGAGGCAAUGCCUAGGAGCAAUACCUAGGAGCAAAUUUGUAACAUAUUCUGUAAUACAUCCUGUCAUAUAUUCCAAUACACAUUGGAAAUCUAUUCCUAGGUAUAUAUAUAAUUUUUGAAAGGGUGGGGGGGAUUAUAAGAGAUUCUGAAAAAUGCAAUGUUAUCAAACAGGAUCUGAUGACAGGAUGCCGACGCCACUUAUCAUUAUUGAUCAGAGAUGAACAUCUGCAGACAUAAAAUAAAGCCGGGAGCCAGAAUAAGCCAUGGGUAUGUGAAUAUGUUGAAGGUAAUGACUCAAACUGUUUAUAACAUAGGUGUAAUGGUUAAACAAGUCAAGGCAGAAAAAUGUGAACCCAAUUCUACCAAAGCAAAGUAAUUAAAAUAUUCAAAUGCUCUACA